AGAGCCAGAGUGAUAUCAGGCUGGGAAGGACAACCUCAUCAGUCCUCGUGUCUUCCUCCUCUGAAAGCUGUUCAGUUCGUUUCCCCGGAGGAACACCCAGGCUCAGGAGGACCCCGGGUUCUGCUGGCCCCACUGGAACAAGCAGCUCGUCUGCCUCCUCCACCUCUGCAGCCUCUGUGAUAGUAGCAAUAGUGGAAGGGCGAGGUUUGGCCAGAGGAGAGAUUGGCAUGGCCUGCAUUGACUUAAAAUGUCCAGAGCUUGUACUUUCUCAGUUUGCAGACACAGGGACAUAUGCUAAGGUUAUAACCAGGAUUCACAUCUUGAUGCCUGUGGAAAUCUUGAUGCCAGACACAGCGAGUGAAAAGGGAAAAGGGACGAAACUCUUUAAGCUAAUCACAGAGAAUUAUCCGGGUGUAGCCAUCACUGCGAUCCAGAGGAAGUACUAUAAUGAGAAGAAGGGGCUGGAGUACAUACAACAGCUGUGUGCUCCUGAGUUUGCCACCGUUUUAAUGGAGGUUCAAGCAAAGUAUUAUUGCCUAGCAACUGCUGCUGCUUUGCUGAAAUACCUGGAGUUUAUCCAGAGCUCAUUUUAUGCAUCCAAGUCUCUAAAAGUGAUAUUUAAAGGGAGCGAACAGACGGCAAUGAUUGACUCAGCAUCUGCAGCUAACUUGGAGUUGGUGCUCAACAACAGGGACCACAGAAGUGAAUAUACUCUUUUAGGAGUACUGAAUCAUACAAAAACGCCAGGUGGACUGAGGAGGCUGCGCUCCAAUAUUUUGGAGCCUCUGCUUGAUGUGGACACCAUAAACACUCGCUUGGACGCCAUACAAGAGCUGCUGCAAAAUGAGGAGCUCUUCUUCGGCCUGAAGAAUGCCAUAGGUCAUUUCCUUGACAUUGAUCGGCUGCUCUCCGUUCUCAUUCAGAUCCCAAAGCAGGAAACAGUUCAAGCUGCUGAAUCAAAGAUCACGCAUGUCAUCCAGCUGAAACACACACUGGAUCUGGUGCCACAGUUAAGGACGGAGUUAAAGACAUGCAGCACAGCUCUUCUAAAAGCAUACAGCACUACGCUGGAGGACAACAGAUUCAAGUUGAUCCUUGAACAGAUCAAGACGGUGGUAAAUGAUGACACCACGUAUUUAAAAGGCAGCCUGAACAUGCGGACCCAGAAGUGUUACGCUGUGCGGCCCAACAUCAAUGAGUUCCUUGACAUUGCACGCAGAGUUUACACUGAGAUUGUAGACGACAUUGCAGGACUUGUGAACCAGUUAGGGGAGAAAUACGGCUUACCAUUGCGCACCAGUUUUAGCACGUCUCGAGGGUUCUUUAUCCAGAUGAAGCUGGAUGGAGUGGUCUUACCUGAGGGCAUCCUCCCCCAAGAGUUCAUCAAGGUCAGCAAGUACAGGAACAACUACAGCUUCACUACUGCAAACCUAAUAAAGAUGAAUGGACGCUGCGAUGAGGCUCUGAGGGAAAUAUUUCACAUGUCUUAUGUGGUGAUAUGCCAGCUGCUAACCCGAAUCCAUGAGCACAUCCACUGCCUUUAUAAACUCUCUGACACUGUUUCCAUGUUGGACAUGUUGCUCUCGCUGGCCAGUGCAUGCACAAUCUCAGACUAUGUGCGUCCAGAGUUUACAGACACCCUGGCCAUAAAGCAAGGUCGUCACCCCAUUCUGGAGCGACUGGCCCGACAGCAGCCGGUCUCGAAUAAUAGCUACAUCUCCGAGGGCAGCAAUUUUGUCAUCAUAACAGGGCCCAACAUGAGCGGCAAAUCCACAUACCUCAAACAGGUGGCGCUGUGUCAGAUCAUGGCCCAAAUAGGCUCUUUCGUCCCAGCGGAGUAUGCCUCGUUCCGGAUCGCUGAUCAGAUUUUCACCAGAAUUGGUGUUGAUGAUGACUUUGAAACCAACUGCUCCACCUUCAUGUUGGAAAUGAAGGAGAUCUCGUAUAUUAUACACAAUGCGAGUGACAGGUCACUGAUCAUCAUAGAUGAACUGGGGCGUGGCACUAGUGCUGAGGAAGGCAUUGGAAUCUGUCAUGCAGUUUGUGAGUUCCUCCUUGGCCUAAAGGCCUUCACUCUGUUUGCUACACACUUUUUAGAGCUCUGUCAGCUGGAGUCUCUCUAUCCUAACGUGGAAAACCAGCACAUGGAGGUUCAGCACACACGCAGCAGAGACUCUGGCACAGAGCAAGUGGUGUAUACAUAUCUGCUGAGUCGAGGGUGCUCUGAGGAAAAGCACUAUGGUCUGAGAGCCGCUGAGAUGACCUCACUUCCUCCUAGUAUAAUCCAAGAGGCGAAGUCAGUGGCCUCUAAAAUCAGCCAGCAGCUUCUGGCCAAAUAUCCCACUGAUCCAGAAACACAGAGACAGAGAGCAGUGUACCGCCUGGCCACUCGCCUAUUGCAGACUGCCAGAAAUUCAAGACUUGACCCAGAGAGCCUGCGCAUGUAUCUGAAAGGACUGAAGAGGCAGUAUGAGGCGGAGCUGCAGGCUGCAAGCCCAGCAAGACCCACAGACUCCGGGAAUUAGUCAGUAUGUGACUGGAAGGAA